AUGUCUGCACAACACUGUCGCCCUCUCCGCCUCUCCUCGCCUCACCGGCGCCCCUCCUCCCAAGCACUCCCUCGCCGGCGCCCCUCCCUCCCUCCUCCCUCCGGCGCAUCCGGCCUCGAGCACCGCCACGGCCUCCUCCGCGUGGGGCCGGGCGCGGCGGGAUCCCAUCGCCGGCGCCCUCCACCCGGCUGCCCUGCUCCGGCCCUCCUCCGGCCACGGCGCGUGCCGGCGACGGAGGAGCGCGGUGUCCGGGCCAGGUGGGUGGCGGCAGACGGCUGGGCCCGCGCGCGGCGGGAUGGCCGGGCGACGGCAGCGGCGAGCAGAGACAGGGGCCAUCCCUCCCCAUACGGCGGCGUGCGCGAGGCCUCACCCGGCGCAGCGACCUCCGUUCCCAACCCCGACGCAUGGAGGCGUCACUGGGGCUGGAGCCCAUGGCGCUGGACGCGCCCCCUGCCCCGUCGAGGACGCGGCGGGGCCGCGGUGGCGGUUCCUCCUGCUGGCAGUGAGAAGAUCAACGGGGCGGUGAAGGAGUUGUUCCUGGAGACCCAACGGAAGGAUGCGGCGUCCCACGCGUUUGUACGCGCUGGAUUCGGUGGCGGUUUCCAGCCGGAGUUGCUGACCAUGGGUGGGUUUUGUUUCCGGGCGCAGGAUAAGGUCGAGGCGGCGGCGGACGAGGACGGCGGCGUGGACAAGGGCGAGGAGAUUCGAGAGAUGGUGCCCGUGGAGCCGCUGCUGGAGCCCCCCCACGACGGCGGGGCCGUCUCGUGGCUCAUGCCGGAUCUCUACCCUCUUACGAUACCGGGACAAUUUCAGAGCCGUAAGAAGGGAAGCAACAAACUGCCACCACUUCAGCAACUUCAGAGCAUAUUUUCUAACAUGGAAUUAGCUCCAAGAAGAAUGAUGUUGGUCAUUGUGGAUGAGAUGGACUACUUAAUAACUAGAGACCGGGCUGUGCUACAUGAUCUUUUCAUGCUUACGACUUGCCCAUAUUCUAUAUGCAUACAAAUAGGGAAUUACUAAUGCUAUAGGCCUUGCAGAUCAGUUUCUUACAAAGCUUGAAUCCUUGAAUUUGAAUAGUAAGCAUUGCCAAGAAUGUUAAAUGCUGCAUUUUCUGGUAUGAAGUAAACUAACAUUCCUUUGGCUUUGCUACUUUAAUUGACAGUCAACCCUCUUUUUGUAACUUCCUGUGCUUAUUCCAAGGAUCAAAUAUCCAGCAUAAUUAAGCAUGGACUAAAGUGAAUCAAUUACAAGUGGAAAAGCAGUAUCAUUUGAAUCGUGACAGAAAGUCCUAUCGCCUUGCCAACUGCGGCUUCACGUGAUUUCCUUCUAUUUUCUUUCCAUCAUUGGUUUGUGUGAUUUGCUUCCUCAGGCUGUUUUCCUUCUUUCGUGGCUGCAUGCAGAUACAUGCUCUGAUGCUCGGGCCCCGCAAAGGAGUGUCUGUAUUUUUGGAUGGUACCCUGCGUGCCAACACUGUCAGCUGCGAUGGCGACUCAUGGACCUGUCUUCACGAUCAUCUUAGCUCACGCUAAGAUCCCUCCACAGCACGGACAUGUAUAGAGGCGCUACUUCUUUUACGAUCAUGGUGUGAAUGAGGGAGAAUCCGUCGACGAGCAAUACUACGAGCAAGCGUGCGAGGACUAGUACCGCGACCCCGAACUCGAAGGACAGUACCUCGAUCAGGACUUCCCGGAAGGCUUUGAGAA